CCCUUUUUCAAUUUAUUUCAAUAAACCAUACUUAUUUGACCUCUAAUUUUUAUAUUUCACCUUAAUUUUUUCAUAGCUCGUUAUUAGUUUUGAAUACAAAUUUUUCGAUGUAAUUUUUUUUUAAAUUCCGAGAUAAUUUUUUAUUUCAAAAAUUAGUCGUUAAAAUAUUACCGUUAAAACUUCGGGACCACUCCAAAUAUGACCGUUUUUUUUUAUCCGUUACUUUACGACCGUUUUUUUGUCAUUUUUUGCACCAAAUGUCUUUAUAAAUGACAGUUCUUCAUUUUCAUCAACUCAACUAAAACUUCUUCCCAUUUCUAAAAUAAACACAUUCAUCAUGAGUAUCUCAGAUAGCUCGUCGUCUGGAGAAGAAGAAAACGAAGAGUACGAAAGGUUUCACCACCUACGUUUGAGUUUGAUCGGUCGGAGGCUGGCUGAAGGUGCAUCAAGUCGCCGUCAAACUACAAGCCGACGUCACAUUGAUCGUGAGAGGGUCGAAUGUAAUCGACGUCUUAUGAGGGAUUACUUCGAUCCAAAUCCAGUAUACAAUGCUCGCAUAUUCAGAAGGCGCUAUCGGAUGCAGCCAAGAUUAUCCCAUCGCAUUAUGGGCGACAUUGUGAGGUUUGACCCCUCAUUUGCUCUAAGGCGUGAUAGCUUUGGUCAAUUGUCACUAUCUCCAGAGCAGAAGCUUACUGGUGCGAUGCGCAUGCUAGCAUAUGGUUCUCCAGCUGAUCAACUUGAUGAGUAUGUUCGUAUGGGUGAGAGCACCUUGAUGAAGGUCUUCAGAAAGUUUUGCAACAACAUUAUCAACAUGUACGGGGCCACAUACCUUCGCGCACCUACUCCUGCUGAUUUAAGGAUCUUACUCCGUAAAGCCUCAAGUCGUGGCUUUCCUGGAACGAUUGGAUCAAUUGACUGCAUGCAUUGGGAAUGGAGGAAUUGUCCAAGUGGUUGGGCAGGACAAUACACCGGCCACAUGCAUAGGCCAACAAUCAUUCUGGAGGCGGUGGCCUCCUACAACACAUGGAUAUGGCAUGCUUUCUUUGGGACACCUGGAUCGAACAACGAUAUAAAUGUUCUGGGGAUGUCUCCAAUGUUUGAUCGUAUCGUCAAUGGAAGCGCUCCACAUGUACGAUUUGAGGUAAAUGGUCAUGCUUAUGAUCAAUGUUAUUAUUUGGCUUACGGUAUUUAUCCCUCAUGGUCGACUUUAGUGAAGACCUUCAGCAAUCCAAGGUCAAACAAAGAGGCUUUGUUUGCUCAACAUCAAGAAGCACACCGCAAAGAUGUAGAGCGGGCAUUUGGAAUCCUCCAAACAAGAUGGGAAAUUGUUCGUGGCCCUGCAAGAGCUUGGGAUGUUUUCACGCUUAACAAUAUAAUGCUGACGUGCAUUAUAUUACACAACAUGAUAAUCGAGGAUGAGCAAGUUGAUUCUGAUGACGAGAUGGAUGAUGACCUUGAUUAUGAGGUCCAUGCACAACCUGAACCAAUCAACCGACACCAAUCAACUCUAAUUGAUUACUUGGCUAGAAAUAACAGGCUUCGCUCAUCUACAACACAUCAUGCGCUUAGAAAUGACUUGGUUGAGCAUCUUUGGAAUUUGCACGGCAAUAUCUAGCAUUGUUUUACUUCAUGUUGCUUGGUUGUUUGUAUUUCAAGUUUCAGUGUGUGAUUGUAUUUCAUGUUGCUUGGUUGUUUGUAUUUCAAACUUUCAAUAACACUUGUUUUUAUUACACAUGGAAUUGCUCAAAGUUCAAAGAGUACACAUGACACAUGAAAAUAACAAAGUUGAAAGAGAACACACAACACAUUAAAGAUGUAAAGGCAGUAGAGUACAAAUAGGAUCUUCUUCUAAUUAAUAAUCCAUGACAGGAAAGUAAUCGCCAUCUCCUCCACCACUUGCAUCGCCAUCUCCGUCUCCUCCAUCACUUGGAUAAGAGUUGGGAUCAUCUUGAUCGUACCCAUAAAUGUCAUUUUGUUUACGCCUCCAAAAUCUUUUCUUUCUUGGUGUCAUCUGUGACAAAUCCUUCUCCAGAAUAGCUACAUUUUGUUGAAGUAUUGCAGCUUCCCUCUCUUUCUUCUCCAUAGCCCACUUUUCCGCUUCACGCUCCCUCACUUGCCAUCUUGUAUUCCCAUUCCUCUUUCUCCUGCUCUAGUCUCCUCUCUUGAACAUUCAUUUUUCUGUUUUCGUACUCCAUCCUCGACUUUUGCCUCUCUCUCAUAUCAUACCAACUCUAGCAGUUGAGUAGUGUAUAUGUCUGACGAUUCAGCAACUACCUUACCUUUCUUCUUUGCUGCCUUUUGUUUGUCGCGUCCUUCAGGGCGAGUCAACACGAAAGGCGUAGCUCCUUCAUCUAGUAAGUCAUCAAGGCCUUCCACGGGAGAUGAUUGAGAACCAAAACCUGUGGGAUAACUUUGGGAACCUUGCCCCAUAGGUGGAAUGGGACUAACAAGCAGAUCAGGAUUGGAGUACCAUUUAGGACAAUUUCGAAGAAUGUCGAAACAAUGCUCAAAAUCAAAAGCCUUGUUCCCAUUCUCUUGCUUAUAUAUUGCUCUUGCCUCCUUUUCCUAAUAAAAUAAUUAGUACAUGGGUUAGAGAAGUUUUUAUUGACACAUAAAAAAUAAGAAAAUACACAAGUUGAGGGUCCAAAAGAAUACCACAUCAAACUGGUUCGUGCCACUCGAUUGGUGCCUUUGUGCUCUUUGCAAAACUCCCUUCCAAGCAUUGCAGUGAUAGCAAAUAAUCAUCAUUCGGGAUUCCAUUGCAAUAGCAGUACGAGUUGUAGUAGGAUCCCAUUUUUGAUGUUCUGCCGCCACUCUGUCCCACAACCUUGUAGACUUCUGGUUGGUGCCAACCGCUCCAUCUUCUGAUAUCGACACCCAAGCUCUGCACAAGAUUUCAUCUUCAUUCGUACGCCAAUUAGGUCCUCUCUUGCAUGUCAUAUUUCUAUUUUGAGAGACGAUAACAAUUGAAUUUUGAGAGAAUGCGAUUUAUGCUCUGAGAAUGAGUGAAGAGAAAUCUAUGAAGACUGCUGUAAUAUAUAAGAAAAAAUAUGGUCGUUAAAAUAUGACCGUUUUUUAUGGCCGUUAAAAUAUGACCGUUUUUUCGUCACUACAUCAAUUAUUUCAAAUUUAUAUUUCAAAUUGAAUCACAAACAACCAAUGAGAAUAGAGAAAAAAAUCCAAAACAAAUUCCCAACCAAAAAAGUUAAAAGAAAAAAAAAGGGGGCCAGCACGUCAGCUGGCCGAGAAGGGCCAUAAAAUGACACAAUUUUAUCUUUUUCUCACUUACUCAUUUUCCCCGACACUAAUGAAACAAUAGUCAUCAAUGACACAAUUUAGUUAUGCGGCUCUCCCUAGUCCUUAAUCUGCCGCAAUAGCGAUAAUACAUGAUUUCCCUUUCCUCCUUCUACCCUGCUUAAACUCUUCGACCGCGGGUCGCUAAUGAUUGCUUAACUAAAUACAUUGAAAGAUAUUUA